CUAGGGAUCGGGCGCGCCGCUGGGCUGACUGUUAAGUGCGUGCGCACCCCCGGCCCGGGCUUGCACCGGUUGCAGCCAGAGUCCCAGCGAAGGUGCGCGCGCAGCUCCGGGACCUCCUGCCAGGACUGACUCCUCGGGGGUGCGCGCGUAGCCCCAGACCCUACUGCCCAGGGAGCGCGCGCUGCUGCCCGGGCUCCAGCGGUCUCGAGGUUUUGCUUGUCCCAGCCCUUCGGGGCCCCAGCUCCCCCACCUUGAUAUGCCCGCCGGCACAUCGUGGCCCUCCUACCUGAAAAUGGUGACAGCCAGUAUGGUGGCCAUGCUGGCGGGGGCAGAAGUGGUACACAGGUACUAUCGCCCUGAUCUGAGUAUACCCGAAAUCCCCCCGAAACGUGGUGAACUCAAAACAGAGCUGCUGGGGCUGAAAGCCAAAGAAAAUCAAGAUCAGAUUUCUCAGCAGCAGUGAUCUGAAGGAUCAGCAUUGCCCUCGAGGACUUUUACUCCGUUUUCAUAUGUACAGCCAGUCAUUUUGCUUGACCAACUGCUCUCAGGAUACUCCAUGAACGUUAAUAAAUUCAGCCAUAAUUAUGGUUUGACAAGUGUGAUCUAAGAAUUGUGUUAAUGAACUCUCCUCAGGCUUUGUAAUGUAGUAUGGGAGCUAUGUCAUUUGGUCCUGGGUAUAAUGUAAAUUACAUGUAAACCUUUUGGAAUUAAAACUCUUGUAUUGAC